AUGAAUAUCUCGACUGAGACCGCGUUGAUUGAUAAGUCCUUCACUGAUAUCGAUUACCUUUCUACCGACUUUCCACUGACGAACCUAACCGAGGAAGGUAUACUCUAUGAAGUCCCCACUGGACUGGUCAUCCUACUGGCCAUUUUAUAUGGCUCCAUUUCAAUUAUGGCGGUAAUUGGUAACGGACUCGUCAUCCUGGUCAUUGUAAAGAACAAGAAGAUGCAAACGGUCACCAAUUUGUUCAUUGCCAAUUUGGCCACAGCUGACGUCAUCCUCGGCAUGUUCUCCAUUCCCUUCCAGUUCCAGGCGGCCCUUCUCCAACGUUGGAUAUUUGCGGACUUUCUCUGUUCUUUGGCGCCAUAUGUGCUCACCAUGUCCGUCUCUCUGUCCGUAUUCACGCUGACGGUCAUCGCUAUUGACCGUUACUUUGCCGUUUUGCAUCCUUUGAAGCCGCGUUUUACCAAGCGUUCUGCGGUGGUCGUUCUAUCAAUCAUCUGGUUGAUUUCCUCUGUGUCCAGCCUGCCGGAAGCGCUUUACUACAAGGUGAAACGUCACUAUCCUUCGCCUGAUGUCGUCGUACCUUGCUGUUCGAUGGAGUGGCCAGUUCACCCACCGAACUUUGCCAAGAUCUAUCGUAUGUACUUACUGUUAGCGCAGUACCUUCUUCCACUGACCGUUAUCACUUUUGCAUACCUUCGAAUCGGAUGCCAUAUUUGGUUACUUGAAGUCCCUGGAAUCGCGGUGGACAAUCGGGACAAUAUUCGGACAAGAAACAAACGGAGGGUAAGUGGAUUUAAUUAA